UUAUUGUUAGCAGAGAACUGCUUAGCCGAGACUCGAACCCUGCUUAGCCAAGACUCCAACCUCACCUAUCCGGGAGUCUAACCCUACUUAGCAGAGACUCGAAAAUAAUUUACAAAUACUGAAUAUAUUUCAGGGUGGCCGGUUUUGUCACGUAGAGAUAUCGUGCUUUCUACAAAUUAUACCGCAUCGCGCGCGAAUUGGCUCUUCUGUCAUCGAGAAAAAUGCAAAUAUUACGGCAAUUGGACGUGCAUCCAAAAGUGCGCGAAGAGGCGGAUAUUCUUGUGAGAACCUUUAGCGGUGCCAUCGUUACAAUCAUUAGUACAAUCAUCAUGGGUAUACUGUUUAUGUCAGAGAUAAAUUAUUAUCUCACCCCAAGUAUGAGUGAGGAAUUAUUUGUAGAUACAUCGAGAGGUUCUAAAUUAAGAAUCAACUUGGAUAUAAUAGUUCCUACUAUAUCCUGUGAUCUUUUAUCGAUAGAUGCUAUGGAUACAACUGGUGAGCAGCACCUAGAUAUAGAACACAACAUUUUUAAAAGACGGUUAGACUUGAAUGGUAAACCCAUAGAGGAUCCACAAAGGACAAAUAUUACAGACACUAAAGCUGUCAAUAAAACUACAGAGAAGGCAAUGGAGAUCAGUUCCACAGAAAUUUGUGGAGACUGCUAUGGGGCAGCCACAGAGUCGCUGAGAUGUUGCAAUACUUGUGAAGACGUACGGGAAGCCUAUAGAUUCAAAAAAUGGGCUCCACCAAUUGCAGCUAAUAUUAAACAAUGUCAAGAUAAGAUUUUCUCUGGAAUGAAAUCUUUGAACGAAAUCAACAAACACGCCUUCGAACAAGGCUGCCAAAUCUACGGUUAUAUGGAAGUGAAUAGAGUCGGCGGAAGUUUUCACAUUGCUCCAGGCGACAGUUUUUCUGUGGACCAUGUUCACGUACACGAUGUUCAGCCUUACACUUCAACUCACUUCAAUAUGACGCAUAAGAUUAGACAUUUAAGUUUCGGUCUCAAUAUCCCAGGAAAAACAAAUCCUAUGGAUGAUACAACUGUAAUUGCCACAGAAGGCGCCAUGAUGUUUCACCAUUACAUUAAGAUCGUUCCAACAACAUAUGUUCGCUCGGAUGGCUCGACCCUUUUCACGAAUCAAUUUUCUGUAACACGGCAUGCGAAGCAGGUAUCUUUGUUUACCGGCGAAUCCGGAAUGCCAGGUAUAUUCUUUAGCUACGAAUUGAGCCCACUCAUGGUAAAGUACACAGAGAAAGCAAAGUCGUUCGGACACUUUGCAACAAACACUUGCGCCAUUAUUGGCGGUGUAUUUACCGUAGCUGGACUGAUCGAUUCGUUGCUCUAUCAUUCGGUGCGUGCAAUACAAAAGAAAAUAGAAUUAGGAAAGUAUAAUUAAUAACUUUGAUCAGGUUACAGCAACAUUAAUUGUCGCUAAUCCUAAUCUUAUUCUCUCUUGUAUUGAUAUAAACACACAUUUUAAUGGUAUUAACAAACUUUGAAUAAUUUUUCUAUUUUAAAAUAAACGAGAUGAACUGCUAAAAAUAGAUUAGGAUUAGCAUUAAUUGUUGAUGCGACACAGCCUUAGGAGAAUAAUUAUUAAGUAGAAUUAUGGAAAGUAUUACUAACAUUGUAAGAUUAUUACACUCUGCUCCAUUUUUUAUUAAGAACCAAAUUCUCUGCAUUAUCGUUGCGCAUUUAGCGCAAUUGUCAAUCUUUAUUUCGUAUUUAUUAUAUUAAAAAUUUCGUAAACAUUAGGUAAAUAUAAUUCAGAACCAAUUAGCGAUACCUAGCGUUAUAUGUGCAAUACUACCAUUCUUCUCUAUUUUGCGACAUAAAAAUAAGAAAGAUAUGUAUAAAAAGUAAUGACAUACACUAAAUAUUUGCCUUUUUUUACUUUUUAUUUAAAAGAUGAUAAUAAUGUUAUGCUCAUAACAAUGACAUAUAAGAAUUAUUUGUAUAUGAUAUGUACAUAAAAAAGGGACAAAAUAUAUAAAAGAAAAUCAAACAUUGUUAUGAAAAUAGAAAUGAUGUAUGAUCAGAAAUAAAUUGGGGAUGU